UAGUCAUUAUUUUAAUUUAUCGUCAGGCAAUAUUUUGUGUUUCUAUUUUGUAUGAAAUGAGAGAGUGAUAUGGCGGGGCUACUGACUCAACGACUGUGCUCGUCGUUGUCGCGCCUGCAACCUUGCUUCGUGCCCAAUGGCGCACUCGCGGAACGCACGUCGCGUCGUGUUCUAAAGUCAUUGCCUCCAGCCCAAUGUCGUUACCUGGCCAUCACAGCAGAGUGUCGUCAAAAGUUAGAUACAUCAAAGCCAGGGGCACAAAGAAGUGAGAAAAGCAAAGGUGCUAUUGAGCAAAUUCUUGAAUCAGAGGCAAGCCGCAAAUCACAGCUCACAACAGCUGAGAAAGUGGUGGAAGCUGGCAAGGAUGCAGGCUACUCUAUGGUUGCCAUGUUCGGCUUGGGAAUGGUCUGUGUUGCAGGAGGUUUUCUCAUCUACAAUGAGUUCAGUGGCAGCCAGCCAUCAGUCAUAUUUCGCCGUUCGCUUCGCAUUGUCCGUAAAGACAAGCAGGUCCAGAGUUUAGUUGGAUCUCCAUUCAAAGCAUUCGGAUUCUCGAAUACAAUCAGCAGAGGCUAUCGGCACCAGGUUUAUAGCGUGGACUACCUGUUGGGAGCAUUUGAAGAUCUGCAUCGACAGGUCAAGUACAAUAUCAAAGGCAAGCAUCGCCAAGCAGUCGUGACUGUCGACAUGAAGGAGACUAAAAAGGGCAGUGGCAAGUUUGACUAUUAUAGUAUCGUAGUUGAGGCAACCGGCUCACCACCUAUCAUGAUCCUGGACAAUCGCUACAGUGACAUCUCCUUGGCUUCUUACAAGGACCUUGAUGGUCCACCCAGUCCUAGCACUUGAAGAGUGGUCUGUACGGUCUUGCGACAUUCAAUCACUGUGCAUAGCUUGCAACGUGGACACAAUUCCCUUACCCUCCCCCCCCCCCCCCCUACCAUGCCUGAACUGAGACUCUUUUUGUGUGUGCAUAUUGCUAUCUGUUCUUCACAGAUGCUUGCUUUGUACAUACCCGCUGUUGUAUAUUUUUCUCUUUUUUCAUACUGUAGCUUUUCUGCCAUUCUCCCACUGCGAACAGAGCUUUCUCACAAAAUGUUUACACACGUACAGUAUGACGAAGCAUGACGCAGAGCAGCAGCUUCUCAGAAAUUUCUAUAAUAGCACAGCCAUCGGACCGGGGCUGCUGGCAGCACACUGUUCUAACUCAAUCCAUGCAUACAAUAUUAUGUACAUAACAGAAUUAGAUACGUUUUUUUAAAUGACUGUAAAGAUCAGAAUGAAACGAGAGAAGAAGAAAAAACGAAACAUAAAAUGGUCUUCUGGGAUGCUGGUGCAGGGGAUGGUGUAUGUUACAUGCGGGCGGCUGUAAAAAACGCUACAACUAUAAUGGCCGGAGCGAAAUAAAACUAUGGCAGAUAGUUUGCAAUGUGAA